UGUGAUCUGUACUACUUGAUCUGUGGAUCUGUAUGUUUGCGGUGUUUUGGCAGUUUUCCUUUGAGUCUGAAACCGCGUGAUUGUUCCUAUAUUGACAACUAUCCUAAGCGGAGAAAUUUAAAUAAUUCUAAGUGAAAAUUAGCGAAAUGGAUAGCGGUUUAAAUAUGAAUCUAUUUUUGGCUAUAUUAGCUACAGUUCUAUCAUGCAUUAUCAUACAUUUCAUAUACAAGAACAUUUUUGGCAACAAGAAACCAAAAACAGAAGAAGAAACUUCGAGGGAUAUGGUGGAACCAAUUGCACCAGCGACCGAAAACACUGUAACGGAAAGUCGUCCGACCGGAAAGAGCAAGAAGCGCGGAACAUGGAAACAGAAAACCGAAUUUUCUCACCCUUGGCUUCUUAAAAAUCUCAAGGGUCAUCCGGGAAACGUUUUAAUGGUGGAUUUCUCUGCGAAUGGGAAGUUUAUGGCUGCAACCUGUGAUGAUGGAUCGGUGAUUCUAUGGGACGUUCGUGAUCUGAACAGCAAAGAACACAGACAUAUAAGAGUUAAUAUCGAGUUUGACUUCGCGUCACACAUCGCCUGGAGCCCGGACUCCAAGGGAUUUGUUGUUCAUACAGUUCAAGAAAACCACAUCAUGGGCUACAAGGUUGAGAAGAAGAAGGAUCUCAUCGUUUCGGUUGCGCAUGCUAUGACUUUUGACAAGGUACACGAAGAAGACGUGGUCGGCUUCGGUAUAUCCAGUAACGGAAAGUUCAUGAUGUCGUGCUCUGCGAAGACUGAUAUGAUCAUCUACGACCUCAAAGGCCAGAUACUGGAACGGCUGGACACCUACUUGAUGAACACACAUUCAGCUAAGAUCUCCCCUUGUGGUCGUUUCGUGGUGGCCACAGGUUUUUCACCUGAUGUAAAAGUCAUGGAAGUCUGCUUCACUAGAAAUGGAGAUUUCAAACAGGUGGUUAAGGCUUUUGAGCUGACGGGACACAACUCUGGAAUCUACGAUGUGGCAUUCACACCUGACACGUCACAUAUUGCAACUAUAUCUAAAGAUGGCACGUGGAAGCUAUUUCAUACAAACAUAAAGUACACACUUGGAGAGUCGCCGCACGUGUUAGAGACAGGGACCUAUUCUCCAGGAGCUAAUCCGCCACGCAUCGCUCUCUCGCCCAACGCCGAAGUACUAGCUUUGGCCUGCGACACUAACGUAUCCUUCUACGAUACCUACACUGGCAAAUUGUUUGGGACCGUCGAGAAUAUCUACUCAAGUUCAAUAAACUACGUAUCCUUCGAUUCAUCAGGUCAGUAUUUGUAUGUGUGUGGCGAGCGGGCAGUGCGCAUACUUCAUAAUGUCUGUGGUUGGUCCACUAGUAUUGAUACAUGCACUAGACUUCUUGCAACUAAACAGACUUCUGCCACAGUUGAAAGGCUUAACAAGACUAUCCAGGAAUGUAAGGAGAAGUUGGCUAAGUUUAACAACUAAAGCCCUAAUGACAAUAUACGCAAAUUGUAUUUUUAAUAUAGCCAAGUAAGUCAAAUGAUGUAAAGUGAAUUAUCAGAAGCAUAUGCAUUUAAAUAGUAGUAUUUGAGAGUAGGGACUUAUUGAAAACCAAUUAAUUAUGUAUUUUUUACAUUUUUCCUAUACUUAGAAUGGUAAUGGUAUUUCUGAGUUAUAAAAAAAUGAUUCUUAUUUGUUUCUACUUUAUUAGAGGUUUAAUUAAAACUGCAAUAUACUAAAUGUUGUGAAUUAAUAAUAUAACUGAGUCUUUUUUUCUUUCAAACGUAAAAUGCUACGAUUUUGACUUCUGUUUAUAGUUAAACAAUUCAUUGUAUACUAUUGAAAUUGUGGAAAUAAUUAGUAUUACGGUAUUUUUACGUCAUGCAUUUACGUGAUAUUUAAGUUAAUUUUUUACCUUAGUUAGUUGAGCUUGAAAGCUAUGUUUACCGACAGUGUUACAUUGUGCUAGGUUCGAUUUCGGUAUAUAUCAGUUUGUAAGGCAUAGUCAUUUGUGUAUAUGCUAAUUUAUUGGACUGAAUAUCAUCUCAAAUGUACCACGGAAUAAAUACAUUUGAAAGGCUCAAAGUCGAAUUUCGUUUGAGAAUUAUUUUGAAUACGCAUCAUUUAUGUUACUUAUGGAAAAUCUUUGAAGUAUGACUGUUUUAUUAUGCACGGUUUGCUAAUGGAAUUGUUGUUUGCCUUUUUAUUUUAUUUGUUUCGAGGUAUGUGCCAUACUUGAGUAUUUAACUUUGUAAAUUAAUAAAAGGGUUCCAGUAUCUCUAAUAAAAAUAAAACUAUUACUAAAAACUUGUCAUUCUCGAUGAAUGCGUGAUAUUUUAUAAAUUUGUACUACAGUCGAAAUUUUACGGUCCAAUACAAUUCUCAUAAAAUUUUUUGUUUACUGUGAAAAUAUGCUAAAGAUUCUAAGCCUAAGAUUUAGGGUAAGAUUCUGAUAAGUUUAAGCAUUAUACUAUAAGCUCUAAAUCCAUGGAAUGAUUUUUCUUGUCAAUUUUUGUACCUAGCAAAAAAAGAAAUUUAGCUUUUUAUAUUUGAAUUAUUUCACGUGUUCCUACUUGUAAACUGUACUAAUCUAAAUAACUAUUUUGUACUCAUAACUGAAUUUUUACACUAAAUUUAUUUUGAGAAGUGUUUUUCGAAAUUGAUCUCUUGGUUUAUAAUAAAAUGUCACGAUUA